AUGUGGAGUGAAGCACUGGCCUAUUUGUACUCUUUGUAUAGUUUGUUAUAUCAGGUAAUUGUACCCUGCUCUUUUCCUGAACUGUUGCCAGCUAAUACUGUCGACCGUCAGCAGGUGAGAGACUAAAUUUAGAUUUUUUUUCCACACCAACAUGCAAAAGCACUAAUUUACUUGACAAUAAUAUUAAAACUUGUGGUAAUUAUUUGAUUAGUUUGGUCUCAGGCACCUUUAUUGGGAUAAUUUUCCAAUGUAAUCAUAAUUUCUUGACAGAAUUUAUAUUUGAUACGUGCAGUAAAGCUAAUUUAAGUCUCCACAGACAGCAUGUCUUUUGGUUGAGUGUGUCAUGUGCUUUAAGGAAGAUGUGCAUCAGUUUUGCAUCGUUGUUGCAUAUGCAGAGAUAAACGUUAAGGUGUUGCCACAUAGAUAGGCUUUCCACUCCCUCUGUUCUUUCCAUAAGUGGUCUCUGUUGCAAGUUGAGGGAAGAUAAGUGGAAAUAAGUUCCGAGCAACAUUAACGUCCCCCUACGCUCUGAUGUUCCACCUCUCUGUGUUUUUCUGUCGGUUUCAGUAUCUGGGGAAAUGGUAUUUUAAAGCAGCAGUCAGUCACAGAGAGGCCGACAUCCAGAGUUUCAGAGCGCUGGACAAUGUUUGGUUCAGCAUGGAGGAGACGGCCAAAGACACACUGCUGCUGACGGGACACAUGCGCAUGUGAGGUGGCGAAUACACACAAGGAAACACACACAUGCAAGUCUAAACAAGAGUAUCGUCUAACAAAGAGGUCAAAUUUAAAGUUGAUGUUAGGAGCUUUUGGUGUGUCCCAUUAUGGGCCUGAUAUCUCUUUGUUGAUCUUCUCCUGUACACACUGAGAAAGAGCCCCGCUCAUGUAUGUAAGAUAUUUGUUCUUCUUUUAAGAUUCAUCUGAGAAGGUGGCAUCACCUUUAAUUUAUAGUUUAGUAUUUACACCUGCAGUAAAGCACAGCGACUUACUGAACAAUCCCCUCACUUAGUCUGACUGGUAUCUUAACUUCAAUAAACAUCACAUAUUCUGCGACAUCCAGGGGCUUUACUAUCUAACAGAGAACAUCAGUGUACUUUUAAUCAGUCUCGAGCCAAUCCCUCAAAAACCAACGUUAUCCACGAUGAUUUCUACACAAGAUUUGGCGAGAUAGUGUCAGAUAGAUCAUUAACAGGUUAUGCUAGCAAAAGCUGCCGUUUCCGUUUUGGUCUGUUGACCAAUCAAGGGCUACAACCGUGAUCAGAUGACCUUUAUAUUAUUAUAAUACAUUUUUGAAAGACCUUACAGUGUCUUAUUUAAAGCUCCAGUGAGAAACUCUAGAUUUGUGGCAAUUUGGCGCCCCCUGUGGCCAAAGCAGGUCUUCUUUCAUCUUGUUCUUCACAUGCUAUAGUAGUAUCUUCUGAUGACAAAUCUCAUCCUGCUUUUUUUAAGUCAAAUGUAUAAUUUCUUGUGAAUAUUUUAUAUAGAAAAAGUAAAAACCAGGACUGUUUCUUUAGCUACUCUCCUUCAUGCUGGAUUGAGGCAUCAAAAUGCAAUAUUAUUAUAGUCAAUCUCUGGCUAAUGGUCUUAUUUGUUUUAAUGUAUCAUAAAAAGGCUCUUGUAUGAAUUUUAAUAUAUUUUCCACAUGUCAAAAAUAUCCUCAUAGAAGUUUUAAUUUGAGUUAAAACUGUUUUCUGUGCAGAGGGGGUUUUCCUGUAGCACAUAGUCAUUAUGAGUAAUCCAUUUUAAAUUAAACAAAAGUAGGAUGACAUUCUUCAUCAUGAAACUGCAUUUGCCAGAGCAAGAUCAGCAAAGAGAUCAGAGAUACCGCUUUGUCCAAAGGGGGCGCCAUAAUCAAUCCAAAGAGAAAGUUCUUCACUGGAGCUUUAAGACUUCAUUUUUCAUCUUUUACAAGUAAAUAACAACAUACUAAACCUUUAAAGACUUGUGAAACAUGUUUGUGAUCAAUAUUGUCUAUUGGGAUGAACAUGUAAUUAUAUACAUAUAUAUAUUAUAUACAUCACUAGAUAGCUUAAUGUGAGCAAACACUGUGAAAACAGCAACUGGUCAAAACUGCUAGAUUGAACAAUACACCUUCAUUUCCGUCCAAAGACCUCCUGGAUGGACUUUGAUACAGUAUAUCGCCCUAGUGCAGCCAAAACAGAAGCAACCUGGCCGGUGGAGAGUGGGAUCGAUGUCACACGAUCGUCACAAAAAUAAACACACUGACUUAAAAUGUUAUAGAUCCCUCAGGACGGUCCAGUCUGCAGCCGAAGAAACUCUUGUUUUAAAUUGAAGCAGACCAUGGCUGUGGAAAGUUCAGUGACUCUUGUGUCAGUGCACGUUAUGUUUACUCUCUACUUUGAUAACAUGAAACAGAACACUGCAGGAGCCUCAUUCGUCAAUAGAGCUGUCAAUCAAUCAACCAAUCAAUCAAUCAUCUCCUAAAAUUAAACUUGUCAGAAAACUCAAAUCCGAAUGAGGGCUAACAAUAAUUAAGAGAAAAUAUGUUUGAGUAAAAAUGGCAUAACGUGCACUUUAAUUGUAAUGUCACAUUUGUUUAAAUGGAGGAGGCGGGGUCUAUACCACAGUCAUACAGUAGGGGGAGCUCUAAAUUUUUUGACUUUACAGCGAGUGAACAUUUAAGAAGUCCACUUUGAUUGACACAAAAUCAGUUUGUGGUUCAUGUCCAGUCCUUUCCUCUGAGGUACUGUCACCCUAUAAAAUCUUAUCACCAGUAAAGGGAGAAAACCUAAACUGCUAUUAAUGCAAAAUGCAACAAAAGGGGAUUUUUGACCAUCUAAAAGAAACCGCACCAGAAUGAGAGUUGUUCAAAUUAGUAAAGUCACAAGUGAUCUUUUUUAAAACAUCCAUGAAACUACAACUUUAAUUCAGAGCAUGUUCAGGAAAAAACCCAACUCACAAAUAGACAUCAGGGUUGGGGAAACAACAUUUCGAUAAUAUAAAACGUGUGAAUUCAUCUUCCAGAAGUGAAAGUCUUGAUAUCAUGUCUAUCUUGUGAUGUUUUUUUUUAAAUAAAACUAAGGACAGCACCUUUAUACUAAGUGUGUUUUUAUCUUAUAAACUGUUUUUUUUAGGGGAGAUAACUGCAUUAAACAGACAUGGACCUAUCACAUACACCCUGACAGAGAUGAUCUUGUCUUGGAAGGUAACUAUCAACCUUUGCUCAGAGCACCAUCACACACAUGCACAGAGAAGAGAACAAUAAAUAUAGUAUCUGUUCAUGAGAAUAGAAGAAAUUUAUCCUUAGAUUUGCAAAUGGAAAGUUUGUGUGUUAACUUUAUUCCAAGAAUUUACAGGGAUUCAGCAACUUUUCAAGGAUUUUAUAUUUAGCUGGGAAAAUCCCACCAAGCCUCUGUUAGACCAUCAGGAGGCCGUACUCUGCACUCAUCUCUGGAAUAACUCUUUACUGAAAUGUCAGCAGGCAAAUAAUUAAACUCAUAAAAUCACAAAAUCAGUACACUUUAAAAAAGUGUCGUCUAAUUUUUCAGUGCUGGAACAGAAAAGGUUUGUUUGUUUUCAUCUUUAUAAUGACUGGAUUUAGCCUGUUUCCAACAAAAAGUACUGCUGUUUUAUACCGACUCCCUGGACAAUGAUUAAACCUAAUGUGAAACAAAAGGAAAUUUCAGUCGGUAAAUACCAAGUUUGCAAAGAGGAAGCACCACUUUCAGAGAUAAAAAUAACAAAACUUUGUGUAUUUACAGGUGAGUUUUAUGGUCUUUUUAGUUUGUGAAACCGUUUUUUACUGCCCAUUAUAAGUCUUAACACAAAAAUACCUGAAAAUUCUCUACUAUGAUGAAAUGAAAGUGAUACUAAAUAUGUUUAAAAAAACUAGUUUAAGCUUCAUUAAUGGACGUUUAUAUGCUGUUGAGGUGUACACUUGAAAAACUGGAAACUCAGAGGGAAUAAACAGUUAGCAUGCUGAGCAAACUCCAUGGUAUUGAACCAUUUUCACAUAUAAACUUGGAAUUACCGCCAAACAUACAGGUCAGGACUGAGUUUGUGUUCAUAUCAAUACAACAUGGAUCUGCAACAAACCUUCAUGCUGCAUGAACCCUGUCAUCAGUGCUGCGAUAUCAAACCUCUGAUGAAUCAGACCUCACAGACCUGAUUUCUGUGUUUUCUCAUGCAGACCCCCCAGAACAUAUGCAGGAGUUCAGAGCAUGUCUAAAAAAGACUUUCAGAGUCAAAUUUCCUGAUCAGCAAAGGAAAAAAAUCACCCAAAAUAGCAAAGCCUUCCCUGUCAGUGACUUCUUCCUUAUAAAUUGCAGAAUACAAACCUUUCUCUGCACUCAGUACUCGUGUCUUGUCAUUUCGAAUCAGGAAAGAAGGAGCGACAGAGCCUGCUCUGGACUGGUAAAUGGGCCAACUGCCCUGACUGCAUCAUUUUGCAGGAAAUAGAGCCACCACUGCAUGAGACAGACUCAGAGGACUCCCUCAGUCGUCACAUGCUGUAUGGUAAGCUAUUUUAGAAGCCCCCCUUGUGUGUAAGAUGUAUCCUAUAACAACCAUGAAAUAUCUGCAAGCAGUUUGUUCUGAACAGUAUUUCUUUUUUUUUUUGCUUGAAAGAAGAAAGUAGGUAACAGAAACACUUUCACACAUCUGCAUGACAGCCAAUGAAAAAUUAUGUUAUGGCUAAUUACACUUAGUCUGAUGACAUUAAGGCAUUCAACAUUUCCUCGAAACAAGUUUGCAGAUGUCGUGUCCGCUUGAGCUUGUUUGUUUGCCGCUGUGUCUCUGUCCUCAUGCUUUUAAAGUUUCAAAAAGUUAUUGCCAGUGCUUUCACAAAUAUCAUUUUAAAGAAAACUUAGUCUGAGUCCUCCUGACUGUUCGGCAAAUAUGUGUAAACCUGCUUUUUGUUGAUCGCUUUUACUUAAGCUCGCCAGAGAGAAGUCAACCCUGAAGUGGUGUCUACAUUUCUGAAAAACGCUGCCUGUCAUAAUAUGUCAUUUAGUGUCCGACUACCUCAGGAGAAAGGUUGGUUCAUUUCCUUUUUUUGAAGGGGAAAUCUCACACUUAUAACCUCUGAAUCUUCUCUUUUUUAACUGAGCCGUGUUUCCACUUACAGAGGUUUGUGCCUGA